UUGAUCUCUCUGGAUGUAGCGGCUCGUGAUCGGAUCAGUCCGUCCGUUCUGUCAGACCCACCGUUUAGCUGAGGGCCGGUCGAUGGAGACCCACAACUGGUGACAGCGUUAUUUGCCUUUUGACGUUAUUGAGGAUCGUGAAACGCUCGGAUAGAGAUGUCCACACCGGGUUAUACCAACCCGAUCUCGUCCGUGAAUAACUACGGCAUGAACGCGAAGCAGAACGGAGGCGGAGCGGCAUCCUGUCAGAACGGUCCGGCACAGACGUUCCCUUCCGUGUAUCCUGCGACCGGCUACUACAGUUCUGCUCCACCGCAGGGUUACGCCACUAUGGUGGGACACAGCGCCCCUCCAUCUGGGAAAGUUUCAAGCCCAGGCUAUAGUGCAAACUAUUACAUGAACAGCCAUGCCCAUGGGGGAACUGUACCAGGGGCAUCUCUGUACCCAGCACCACCAGGUACGCACCAGUACACCCCCUUUAAUGCACCAGCACCCAGAGCGUCUCUCCACCACCCAGUACAGUCAUUUCAGCAGGCCACGCCGCACACGAUGCCAGCCGGAUACUACGAACAGCCACAUAAGCACCCCUCACAGGGGCAAACUCAUGCCCAGCCUCAGCAGAUGCAGCCCAGCUUGGUACCAGCAUCCAGCGGCAACAAUCUCGGUGCCCCGCUGUACCCCAUCGUUUCUUACCCAUCAGCCCCUGGUAGCAGUCAGUAUGGCACGCUGAGAUCGUCUCAAACAGCCGCUGGGCAGCCACUUGUUAACACGGUAAUGCAACCACCGCCGACACAGAGUUCUUUGCAAACGUAUUAUCAAGGGAGUGGGGCCACACCCACACCACCUCAUCAAGGUUACGAAGCCCCGCCUCUCAGCCAAACAGCCACUGUCAACGGCCAAUCAAGUGCAGUUCAGCAACACUAUAACCAAAACCUUCACGAUCCCAUGAGCCAUCAUUAUGCCGGGGCACCUUCCAGCUCAGAGGCCCACGAUAGAGAGAGAGCACCCUUGGGAACCCCCGGCACCUCUGUGCAUUCCUCACCAGGACACCAUUCAGGGAUGCUGUACGGUGACCACAGGGUGAAUAACGCUGUUAGCUCGGCUGCAGACGAUCACUCCUCAUCCAGUUCUGACCAUGAGGAAGAGGAUGAGGAUGAGGAAGCAGGUGGAGACAGCUCAUCCACAACCACAGGCAGUGCUUCUCCGGUUCCCAACAGUUAUGAGUCUCUGGAGGGCGGCAGUUACCCAGCAGAUCUAUCGGCUCCUGCUGGCGUGCCCCCUAAACAGGCCCCGCCCUUCGGCUACAACUAUCCAACCAUGCAUCCUGCUUACCAACAAAUUCCCGCCCCUUUAACAGACUCCUCCCCCUCUCACAGAGGUUACAACCCAACAGGAUACCAGCCGAACUCACAGCCGUUCCCGUCUCUUUCCGAGCUGUCAUCAGCGUUGGGCGGUCUCAGCGGCGUUCCUGACCUAGAGGUGGAAACCUUGAGACCUGUGAAUCUACUCCAGGAGAGAAACAUCCUUCCACGCAAACGCACACCUCCACCUGAGCCCAACCUGAGCAAUGACCUCCGCAAUGUCAACUGCAGCCCAGACACGUUCCGCUGUACUCUCACUAACAUUCCCCAGACUCAAGCUCUGUUAAAUAAAGCUCGCCUGCCUCUCGGAUUACUGCUGCAUCCCUUCAGAGAUUUAACGCAGUUACCGGUCAUCACCUCUAACACUAUAGUUCGUUGUCGUUCAUGUCGGACGUAUAUAAACCCUUUCGUUUCAUUUCUGGACCAGCACCGGUGGAAGUGCAAUCUCUGUUACAGAGUUAAUGAUGUCCCUGAUGAAUUCAUGUAUAAUCCUGUCACUCGUUCAUACGGUGAGCCACACAAGAGACCAGAGGUCCAGAAUUCAACGGUCGAGUUCAUCGCCUCCUCUGACUACAUGUUGCGGCCACCUCAGCCUGCUGUGUACUUGUUUGUGUUGGAUGUGUCCCAUAACGCUGUGGAGUCAGGCUACCUAAAUGUGUUCUGCCAGUCUCUACUGGACAACCUGGAAAAGUUGCCGGGGGAUACUCGUACACGAAUCGGGUUUGUGACAUUUGACAGCACAGUUCACUUCUAUAACCUGCAGGAGGGUCUGUCUCAGCCUCAAAUGCUCGUGGUGUCUGAUAUUGAUGAUGUUUUCAUCCCGACACACGACACACUGCUAGUGAACCUCAAAGAGAGUAAAGAGCUGGUGAAGGACCUGUUGAACGCUCUUCCGGGGAUGUUUUCACACACGCGUGAGACUCAGUGCACUCUGGGUCCAGCUCUGCAGGCGGCGUAUAAGCUCAUGUCACCGACAGGCGGUCGAGUGUCCGUGUUUCAAACCCAGCUGCCCACUCUCGGCGUGGGACUCCUGCAAUCACGAGAAGAUCCCAACCUCCGAUCCAGCAAAAAGAAGGUGCAGCAUUUGGGUCCUGCUACAGACUUCUAUAAGAAACUAGCUCUGGAUUGUUCUGGACAGCAGAUCGGAGUGGAUCUGUUCUUACUGAGUUCUCAGUACUCGGAUCUGGCUUCAUUAGCAUGUGUGUCUAAGUACUCGGCCGGAAGUGUCUUCUACUAUCCAUCCUAUCACCACGUUCACAAUCCAGCACAGAGACAGAAGUUCCAGAAAGAUCUCCAGCGCUACCUCACCAGAAAGAUCGGAUUUGAAGCCGUCAUGAGGAUCAGGUGUACCAAAGGUUUGUCCAUCCACACUUUCCACGGCAACUUCUUUGUGCGCUCCACUGAUUUGCUGUCGCUGGCGAAUGUGAACCCAGACACUGGUUUCGCCGUGCAGAUGUCCAUCGAGGAGAGUUUAGCAGAUACAUCGCUCGCUUGUUUUCAAGCCGCUCUACUUUACACAUCAAGCAAAGGUAAACGUCGAAUCCGAGUGCACACUCUUUGUCUGCCGGUGGUCAGUCAGUUGAGUGAUGUGUUUGCUGGAGCUGAUAUACAGGCCAUCUCGUGCCUGCUGGCCAACAUGGCAAUCGACCGCUCCAUCUCCUCCAGUCUGUCUGAUGCGAGAGACGCGUUAGUCAACGCUGUAGUGGAUUGUUUAACAGCUUAUCGUGCUAACGGCUCAAACAUUCAGCCCUCAGGUCUGAUCGCACCUGCUGCCCUGCGUCUCUUCCCUCUAUAUGUACUGGCUCUGCUCAAACAGAAAGCACUUCGUACCGGAACGAGCACCCGUCUGGACGAGCGCGUGUUUGCCAUGUGUGAGUUCAAGUGUCAGCCGCUUCAACAGAUCAUGCGUAUUGUUCAUCCAGACCUCUACAGAAUCGACAACAUGACCGAACAGGGGGCACUGCACCUGAACGACAGUGUGAUUCCUCAGCCUCCCUUACUGCAUCUCACUUCAGAGAACCUCACUAGAGAGGGAGCGUACCUCAUGGACUGUGGCAGCGUGAUGUAUUUGUGGGUGGGAAAAUGCUGUAAUGAGAUGUUUGUACGUGACGUGCUGGGCUGCCACAAUUACGCAUCCAUACCGUCCAACAUGACAGAGAUUCCGGAAUUGCAAACAACGUAUUCUGAGAGAACUCAAGCGUUUAUUUCUUGGCUGCUGGAGUCAAGAACCUUACAUCCUGCUUUCUAUGUGGUCAAGGAUGACACAUCAGCCAAGACCAAUUUUUUUCAACACCUGGUGGAAGACCGAACUGAAUCUGCCUUCUCUUAUUAUGAGUUUUUGCUUCACGUACAGCAACAGAUGUCGAAGUAGAACCGGAAAACCCAGUAGAACCAGCCCUAGAUUUAAGGCUAGCUUCUGUUCCGCGGCUCAACUUUAGCUGGGAGCUUUUUGAUUGGACCGCAGAGAGGCAGAGACACGCCCCCUGGUCAAUCACAGCCUUUGACUCCUGUGGGGGCAGGGAGUGGGGGUGAUUUAAGAACAAUUGAAAAUAAAAGAUGUUAAAAAUUAAUUUUAUGUGGUCUAUUAUGGCAAAAAAAGGAAAUGAAGAAUAGGAGACAAAGAAGAAAUGUAGUCGAGCGGAUUGCACAAAAGAGACACGUUUAACAAGCUGUUUUCAGUCAUUCCCGUUUUCUUUUCCUCCUUUCAUAUUCACUGCGGAUCGCCGGAACCAGCCACUGAGGUGUCGAACUAACGACAUCCAUUGUCUGCAUUAAUUUUUUAAUUGUUACUGAGUUUUGUAGUUUUUGGAUCUGCAGAAACAUAGAGAGCAUUUAUUUAUUUGUUUGUUUGUUUGUUUAAUACAAUCACACCUCAAUCACUUCACAACAUCUGCUCAGAGACACUGUGUGACUUUUAUCUCUAUUUUUCUUUAUUUGAUUGUCUCGUUUUAGCUCUGGGUUUCACUGUAUCCUCCCCUCCUUACACUCUAUCUUCCUUUUCCACUUCCCUUCCCUUUUCCCUUAUUUUUUCCACUUCCAUUUUCUCUCCUUCUCUUCUCUUUCCUUUUCCCCUGACUUUUACUUUCAUUUUCCUCUUCCCGUUCCCCCUUCCUUUUCCAUUAUUUAUACUUCCCCUUUUUCACUUCCCUUCCCUUUUCCCUUCUUUUGCUUCUCUCUAUCCCUUCUCUUUCCUUGCGUUUUCCCUUUUCCCUUGCAUUUCCUUUAAUUUUCCUCUUCCUUUUCCCUUAUUUAUCCUUCCCCUUUUUCACUUCCUUUUCCCCUUGCUUUUCCUUAAAUGUUCCUCUUUCCUUUUCCCACUUCCUUUCCUGUUCCCUUAUUUUUAUUUGCUCCUUUCCUUUUUCACUUCCCUCCUCUUUCCUUUCCCCUUCUUUUUCUUCUCUCCUUCUUUUCUCUUUCCUUUCCCAUCCCCUUUUUUCCUUUAAUUUUCCUCUUCCCUUAUUUUCCUUGCUUUUCCGCUUCCCUUCUCUUUCAUCUGCCUUUUUCUUCUCUCCGUCCCCUUCUCUUUCCUUUCCCCUGUCCCCCUUUUGUCCUUUAAUUUUCCUCUUCCCUUUCCACCCUUUUCCCUUAUUUUCCUUUUCCACUUCCCUUCUCUUUCAUCUGCCCUUCUCUUUUCUUUCCUCUAUUCCACUUCCCUUCUCUUCCCUUUCCACCUUUCCUUUUACUCUUCCCUUAUUUUCCUUCCUUUUCCACUUCCCUUCUCUUUCCUUUUCCUUUUUGUAAUGUGAACUGUGAAACCGUGUCUGUCGUGAGUGUUCAUCUGUUUUCAUCCAACAUUAUGACUCAACAGUGGCUGCUCAAACUUCCCUUUCCUGAUCCUCAGCUUCUUGAAACGGUUUCAUGAAGCUGCAACGACGUUCCUCAUUGACAACUCAUUGUUUUCUUAAAGAGAACAAAUCAAUCCACUUUGUAACGUUCAAUAUAAAUAUUUUAAUGUGCUAUAAGUUAUGACAAGCUUAUUAAAUAAAAUGAAAUGAAAUGAUAAUUCUA